AUGGCAGCCUCUAUUCUUGAUACAACUCGUAAUCUUUCUCUAUACACCAUACCAGCGGCGUGGGUUCUCAGUAUUGCGCCGCAUUUCUAUGCUGCCAGUCUCGGAAAGUUUGAUAACAAACAACCUCGCACGUACACGAAGGAUAGCGAGAGUGACCAGUCCAUAGACAAGGCUACCAAGUCCACAAUUAUCCGUGCUGAAGGCGCACAGCAGAACGGCUUCGAGAACAUUGGUCUCUUUGCUGCUGCUGUUGUCAUUGGAAAUGUCGCGAAGUUGGACAACUACACUCUGAAUAUACUCAGCGGGAGCUACUUGGCCAGCCGUGUUGUGUACAACUUGGCGUACAUCAAUGGCACCACGGAUACCAUUGCGACCUUGAGGACCGGAAGCUUUCUCACCGGUAUCGGCAUCAUCUGGACUUUAUUCAUCAAGAGUGGAAACAUUCUCAAGAAUCAAUUGUAG